AACCGUCCGCAACCGCAAACGCUAGCUGGAACCAGCUUUUGAUUUUAAAAGGUUCGGAGCGAUUUGAAACGAUUUGUAACGGUUUGUAUGAUUAUUUCGAAACGCUGUCAACCGCAAAAAACUGCGUUUGCGGGUGGUAGAGGAGAAACUAGUCAGACCCUAACUAAUCAACAUAUUGAACGAAAAGAAAAUCCAGGUAUCUUAACAUAUUCACUAUAAUACUUCUUCCAUUUUGCAAAAAGUGUCAAUUUGACUUUUUUCAGACAAAUUAACCAAACAAGCUCUUUCCAAAACUCUUCAUUUUCUGAGAACCAUUUGCGAGACGUUUCAUCUUUCUCUCGAUUUUAGUCUAAUGAAUUCUUCUUUUCUCUUCACGGUGUGUGUUGCUGCAACAUGCUUCUUCACACUUUUGGGUACACUGUUUUUCAUGCGUUACAGAAAAUCCAGGUUCCGUGAAAAUAACGAAACUGUGAAUUCCUCCUCUGUAUCAACUGUGCCUCCACCAUCUUGUGUGUCCCGUAAUUGGGUACACACUGUCUUUCCGAGCUUCCACGGGGAAGAUGUCCGCACAUCCUUGCUCACUCACAUUCUGAAGGAGUUCAAAAGCAAAGCAAUCUACCCAUUCAUUGAUGAGAAGAUGAAGAGAGGAAAAAUUAUUGACCCUGAGUUGAAAAAGGCUAUCCAAGGAUCAAGGAUCGCGGUUGUCUUGCUCUCCAAAAACUAUGCUUCUUCGUCAUGGUGUCUUGACGAAUUGGUGGAGAUUAUGAAGUGCCAGGAAGAGUUAGAUCAAACGGUGAUACCCAUCUUCUAUGAAGUGAAUCCAAGUGACGUCAAGAAGCAGAGGGGAGAUUUCGGAAAAGUCUUCAAAAAAACUUGCGAGGGUAAAACAAAUGAGGUAAUUGAGAAAUGGAGUCAAGCUCUCUCAAAAGUGGCCACAAUAACCGGUUACCAUUCUAUCAACUGGAAUGAUGACGCGAAAAUGGUCGAAGAUAUUACCACCGAAAUUCUGAACACGUUGAUUAAUUCCACGCCAUCAAGAGAUUUCGACGGCUUAGUUGGGAUGGGAGCUCAUAUGGAGAAGAUAGAACCCUUGUUACGCCCAGAUUUGAAAGAAGAAGUGAGGAUGAUAGGGAUUUGGGGGCCGCCUGGUAUUGGCAAGACCACCAUUGCCAGAUUUUUGUUUCACCAACUAUCUUCCAAUAAUGACAACUUCCAACAUACCGUAUUUGUGGAGAACGUCAAAGCAAUGUAUACAACAAUACCAGUUUCUUCAGAUGACUACAAUGCGAAGUUGCAUCUGCAGCAAAGUUUCCUUUCUAAAAUAAUCAAGAAGGAUAUAGAAAUCCCACAUUUAGGAGUUGCACAAGACACGUUGAAAGACAAGAAAGUUCUAGUUGUUCUUGAUGACGUUAAUCGGUCAGUACAACUAGAUGCCAUGGCAGAAGAAACUGGGUGGUUCGGUAAUGGAAGUAGGAUUAUCUUUACAACCCAAGAUCGACACCUUUUGAAGGCACAUGGGAUCAACGACCUUUAUGAGGUGGGUUCUCCGUCAACAGAUGAGGCUCUUCAAAUAUUUUGUACGUAUGCUUUUCGUCAAAAGUCUCCUAAAGCUGGUUUUGAGGACCUUUCUCGGGAAGUGACCAAACUUGCUGGUGACCUCCCUUUAGGACUUAAGGUAAUGGGUUCUUGCUUGCGAGGACUGUCCAAAGAAGAAUGGAAAAAUAAACUACCGAGUUUAAGGAACAACCUGCACGGGGAUAUUGAGAGUGCUUUAAAGUUCAGCUAUGAUGCCUUGCGUAGAGAAGAUAAAAAUUUAUUUCUUCAUAUAGCUUGUUUUUUCAACCAUGAAAAAAUUGAGAUUGUGGAACAUAUUCUUGCCAGGGCGUUCUUGAACGUUAGGCAAGGGAUUCAUGUCUUAACUGAGAAAUCUCUCAUAUCCACCAACUCAGAAUAUGUUGUAAUGCAUGAUUUACUAGCACAACUAGGUAGAGAAAUUGUGCGAAACGUGUCUACUAGUGAACACUUGACCCGUGAGCCUGGACAACGUCAGUUUCUGGUUGAUGCAAGAGAUAUCUGCGAAGUACUCAGUGAUGAUACAGCCGGUACUAGCAGUGUUAUAGGAAUAAAUCUCAAGUUAUCUAAGGCAGAGGAAAGAUUACAUACAAGUGAAAGCGCUUUUGAGAGAAUGACUAAUCUCCAAUUCUUAAGAAUCGAUAGUGGUUACAAUGGACUGUACUUUCCGCAAAGUCUAAACUCAAUAUCUCGAAAAAUUAGACUACUAGAAUGGAAUGAUUUUCCAAUGACAUGUUUGCCUUCUAAUUUUAGUCCGCAGUUCCUCGUCAAACUAUGCAUGCAGGGGAGCAAGCUUAAGAAGUUGUGGGAUGGAAUUCAACCGCUUAGAAAUUUGAAGUGGAUGGAUUUGAGAUCUUCCAAAAACCUGAAGAAGAUUCCUGAUCUCUCAACUGCCACUAAUCUCACGUACUUAUGCCUCCGUGGAUGCUCAAGUCUGGAGAACCUCCCAUCUUCUAUUGGCAAUGCAACUAAUCUCCUAAAUCUUGAUCUCAGUGAUUGUACAAGGCUGGUGAACCUCCCUUCUUCUAUUUGGAAUGCAAUUAAUCUCCAAACUUUCGAUCUCAAAGAUUGCUCAAGUUUGGUUGAACUUCCCCUUUCUAUUGGGAAUGCGAUUAAUCUCAAGUCAUUAAAUCUCGGUGGAUGCUCAAGUCUGAAGGACCUCCCAUCUUCUAUUGGCAAUGCACCUAAUCUCCAAAAUCUCUAUCUCGAUUAUUGUUCAAGUCUGGUGAAUCUUCCUUCUUCUAUUGAGAAUGCAAUUAAUCUCCAAGUUUUGGAUCUCAAAUAUUGCUCAAGUUUGGUUGAGCUUCCUAUUUUUAUUGGGAAUGCAACUAAUCUCAGAUACUUAGAUCUUAGUGGUUGUUCAAGUCUUGUGGAGCUCCCUUCCUCUGUGGGAAAGCUUCAUAAAUUGCCCAAGUUGACCAUGGUAGGGUGCUCAAAGCUUAAGGUUCUUCCCAUCAACAUCAACAUGGUGUCACUGAGAGAGCUUGAUCUCACUGGCUGCUCAUCUUUAAAAAAAUUUCCUGAGAUUUCCACAAACAUUAAACAUCUCCAUCUCAUUGGAACGUCAAUAGAAGAAGUUCCUUCGUCGAUCAAGUCGUGGCCUCAUCUUGAACACCUGAGAAUGUCAUACAGCCAAAACCUCAAGAAAUCCCCUCAUGCAUUGGACACCAUCACAGAGCUGCAUAUAACAGAUACAGAAAUACUAGAUAUUGGUUCAUGGGUCAAGGAACUCUCUCAUCUAGGCCGACUUGUACUCUACGGAUGCAAGAACCUGGUAUCUCUCCCACAGCUUCCAGGUUCCCUACUAGACCUUGAUGCAUCAAACUGUGAGUCCCUGGAGAGACUAGAUAGCUCCCUUCACAACCUGAAAUCUACUACUUUCAGAUUCAUUAACUGCUUCAAACUUAAUCAAGAAGCCAUACAUCUCAUCAGCCAGACUCCAUGUCGCCUAGUUGCAGUUUUACCCGGUGGAGAAGUGCCUGCCUGCUUUACUUACCGAGCUUUUGGGAAUUUCGUAACAGUAGAGUUGGAUGGGAGGUCUCUUCCUAGAUCGAAAAAAUUUAGGGCUUGCAUCUUGUUGGAUUAUCAGGGCGACAUGAAAAAACCGUGGGCGGCAUGUAGCGUUACAUCGGAACAGACUUACACUUCAUGUAGCGCAAUACUACGUCCAGUUUUAUCGGAGCAUCUGUAUGUUUUCAAUGUUGAAGCACCAGACAGGGUGACUUCCACCGAGCUUGUGUUUGAGUUCAGGGUCUUCCGCACUAACAUUUUCCCCACUAACACCUUGAAGAUAAAAGAAUGUGGGAUACUACAACUCCUGGAAGAGGCUGAUGAUGAACAUCGUCAGAGCUUCUCUAGUGACGAUGACGAUUAUUAAUAUUCAAAUACCGAGAAUUUGAGUCAAACAUUGAGCAGGGACGAAGAAGAGCAGGCGAAAUAACAUGAGUUUUGUUCGUGAAGAUGUAUAUAAGGAGGACUUACGUCUUUUGUGAUUCCUUCUUCUACGUUCUACAAAAAAGCUUUUAGGGUACUUCUUGAGUAUGUAAACAAAUAAUAGCACUGUUGGAGCAGGAUUUAUCACAUAAAUCCGGUUCAGCAAAAGCCCAACGCAUAACAGACUAAAUCCAGCAAAGCCAAGCCAUUCCAGUCCAAAGGGCUACCUCGCAGCCCCAGGUAGUAAGCUCUGAGUUUACGGAUAAGGAUAAAUUAUCCGGUCACCUCGUGGUCAUGCGGCUACCAAACAAAUCGAGAUUUCCGGAGUUGCCAUUGCACGUACGUCAAAGAUACACGUAGUAGUUGGAGUGAGCUGAUUAGCAUAUAAGGCAGAGCCAAGAUCACUAAAAGAGAAUCAAACCUGAAGCACACACCCCGAGUCGAGAUUUGGAUUACUCUUUCUUCAUUUUGUUCUUGAGCUUUGUUCCUUGUGUAUUUACGGAUUCACUUUAUUCAAUAUAUUUCAGUUCAGUUCGUGCAAACUAUCUUUAAGAUCUACUAACAGAGACGUUUUCCCACCGUUUCCCUAAACGUUACUCUACAUUAAUCAAAUUUCUGAUUGUGGGUUUUAACUCCCACAAGCAGCAUCCUAAAAGAGAUGGAAAUCACUAUAUACAAGUUAGUAGAUACAGUGAAUAUCUUAAGAGCCUAAAACAUUAAGGAGAAGAUGAACUUACUGUGCUGAAUUUCAAUAUUUUCUGAUGUUUAUCCUUGUCGUUGGGCGUAUGUACCAAAUAGCAAACUUUUCCUUAAAAAAUGACUAAACCAUAAGAGCUUAGAGCCAUUGCGUAAAGCUAAGCAUGGAAACAUGAUUAGUUACGGCUUUAGCUUUCUUAGUCACCGAAAAAAGUAUUAUAUCUAACGACAAUCCACUAAUUGGUUCAUGAUCAUCGAUCCAAAAACAUUGAUAUGGCACGUUGGAAAUAGAGAACUUCAGAGAAAAGACUCUUGAUGCACAACGUUUUCCACUUCCUCUUGGCAUUUGUUUUUGGUUCUUCAAUUUUUGGUUAAAUGAUCAAAUAUUUAAAUCAUAUUUCUCUUUCAAUUGUAAGUAAAACAAAAUGUUAAAUAGUAAAAUAUCCUACCAUUAUCAGGACGAUGAUUUUACAAUAUCUUCUCUAUUAAAAGAAA